CAAACACAAAAGCCUAAAGUUGGCUCACAUUAGAUAACAAAAAGAGGAGAGCAUGGCUUUGGAAACACUUUCUUCCAAUGAACUCCUCAACUUCAUAAUCUAUGACACCAUCUCUGCUACCCCUUUUACCUACUGCAAUGACUCCUCUGAAACCACUACUACUCACACUAAUUACUUCUUUCAUCACCUUGAGAAUCAAAACCCCGCUAAUAAUCCUCCUCCUCCUCAUCAAGAAAUUUUAUCAGAUGCAACAACUGCUGCCAUGGAUAUUCUGAGCUCUAAUUCUUCAUUAACUACAACCACUGAAAAGAUGUCUAUGGCAGUUCAAGCUUUUUGUAGUAGCAAAAUCCCAGUAGACAAGCUGAGUAAUAAUAAUAAUAAUAAUAAUAAUUACAGUGGUCAAAAUUUAGGGGUGCAAAAUGGAGGUGGUAAGAAAAAAAGAAGAAGAAGGCCACGGGUUUGUAAAAACAAAGAAGAAGCUGAAACUCAAAGAAUGACUCACAUUGCCGUUGAAAGAAAUCGCCGGAAACAAAUGAAUGAACAUCUUGCCGUCUUAAGGUCUCUCAUGCCGGAAUCUUAUGUUCAAAGGGGUGACCAAGCUUCUAUAGUUGGUGGUGCUAUAGAAUUUGUGAAAGAGCUUGAACAUCUCUUACAAUCUCUUGAAGCACAAAAGUUCAUCUUGACUCAACAACAAGAAGAAGAACAAGAAUUAGCUGAAGAUGGAAAUGAUAAUAAUUUCACUAAGUUAUUAUCAUCAGUUGCACCCCCAUUCUCGCAGUUUUUUUCUUACCCACAAUACACUUGCUCUCAGAUUCCCAAGUAUACCUCUAAAAGCAAAGCGGCCAUUGCAGAUAUUGAAGUAACUUUGAUCGAAACGCAUGCUAAUCUACGCAUUUUGUCACAAAAACGGCUGGCUCAACUCUCGAAAAUGGUGGCUUGUUUUCAAACUCUUCAUUUGUCGGUACUUCAUCUCAAUGUUACCACCUUGGAACCAUUAGUCCUCUACUCCAUAAGUGUCAAGGUGGAAGAAGGAUGCAGACUAAACUCAGCAGACGAGAUUGCAGGUGCAGUCCACCAGAUGCUCAGAAUUAUUGAGGAGGAAGCUACCCUAUGUGUUGUUGAUUCUCUAUAAUAAAACUAGGAAAAAUAGUUGCUGCUUUUGUUUUUACCAUUUUACCCCUGUUGGGCUUUUGUAAAAUCAGCAUAAUGCCACCCUCCCGCCCUCCCUCUUGUUCUUGGUGCACAGUACUAGGAUUUGAUAGCUAGCUGCUAGUAUUACUUUACUUUUUUUUUUCUUUUUUUUUCUUAUGUACUGUAAGAGUAGUACGUACGUUUAAGCUAGAUGUUUUCAGAAAUUAACGACUGAGUGAUGUGAGUUGAGUAGUACGUAUCGAUGAAUUAUUAUUUUAUGUUGUCAACAUAUAUAAAUAAUUUAAUUACUAAUUGUCAAAUGUAAUAUUAUUGGAUUGAAAUAAUGUUGAAUGUAAAUUAUUAGAUAAACUA